AUGCUGGCAGUUAUAUACGGAUGCGAAAAGUUCCACCAUUAUAUAUAUGGUCGUUCGUUUACCAUAGAAACGGAUCACAAACCAUUACUAGCUAUUCAUCGCAAACCGUUAUAUCAAGCUACUCCAAGACUACAGAGAAUGCCGAUGCGUUUACAGCGCUAUGAUGCACAACUGAAAUAUGUACCUGGAAAAGAAAUGUUCAUUUCCGAUGCUUUGAGUAGAGCAUACUUAAAAGAGUGCAAAGAGACACUAGUAGAUGAAGAUAUAGAUGUGAACUUUAUUGAACAAGAACUUCCGAUGACAGAGGAAAAGCUUCAAGAACUGAAGGACGCCACAGUUGCCGAUGAACAGUUCCAAACAUUAGCAGACAUUGUCAGGGUAGGAUGGCCUGAGACUCGUGAACAAGUUCCAACUUGUGUCAAAGUGUUCUGGAACUACCGUGAUGAGAUAACUGUUCUGAAUGGACUACUAUAUAAGGGACAAGCUGUUAUGAUACCAUCAUCACUGAAACGCCAGAUGCUUACCAAACUAGAUGAACCUCACCUUGGUAUUGUAAAAACCAAGCAGAGAGCCAGAAACAUUAUAUUUUGGCCGAACAUUAACCUUGAUAUAGAGCAGUUAAUUCAGUCCUGUGGAGUGUGCAAUUCAUUCCGAAAAUCAAACACCAAACAACCUCUCAUUCCACAUGAAAUACCAAGUACUCCAUGGACAAAGGUUGGAGCGGAUAUAUUCCAUUUCAAGGGAAAAGAUUUUCUACUACUGGUGGAUUAUUAUUCGAAAUACCCAGAUAUUAUACCACUUUCAAAUUUGAGAGCCCGAUCUACUAUUGCUGCGUGCAAAACAGUUUUUGCUAGGACUGGCAUACCAUUAGAACUAUUUUCUGACAAUGGGCCGCAAUUCAGUUGUCAUGAAUUUAAGUGUUUUGCGUCCGAUUGGGAAUUCACCCACAGAACAUCAAGCCCUCGUUAUCCACGUUCGAAUGGCCAGGCAGAGCGCUGUAUCCAAACCGUUAAAAACUUACUCAAAAAGGCGGAAGAGAGCAACGGUGACCCAAAUAUUGCUCUUUUAGAGUACAGGAACACACCCAUAGAUGGGAUUGGAAAAUUACCUGCACAGCUGUUGAUGAACAGAAGCCUUCGUUCCAAGAUUCCCACAACCCGAGCAUGGUUGGAGCCAAAACCCUUGGAAUCACAACUUCCCAAACUUCAACUUCGUCAGAUGAAACAGAAAUAUUUCCAUGACCGUAAUUGUUCAAAAUUACCGCAUGUUGAGGAGAAAGAGAUCAUCCGAAUACAGAAUCCAGAGAACCGGAAUUGGGAGCCAGGAGUGAUCCAACAGAACCUUGGAAACCGCUCAUACAGUGUAUUGAACCAACAAGGAAGAGCCUUACGGAGAAACCGCAGCCAGAUAUUGAAAUCGCGGGAAACAACCUUCCAGAUUUCACCCCCAGAAAUUGAACCGCAAUUGAGUGAAUCUGUGCCGAAUGAAAGUGAAAAUUCUGGUAAUGUGUCCGAUGAUAAAACCCCACAUUCAAGUCAGGAAAAUCCAGUUGCAAAUAUCCGACCCUCAGUUACCAAGUCAGGGAGAAUCUCAAGGCCACCCGCAUACCUAUCUGAUUACGUGAAAUAA